CAAUAAUCUUUUUUAUGUAGGUGUGAAAUAUUCGUAUUAUUUUGCACCUUAAGGCUUUGUCGUCGAAAGUCUUUAUUGUUGAAGGGCUGUAUCGUUGAAUGAAGGUGUAAAGAACGCCACAAGCUCUGUAAGCUGUGUUAGGUAAGUAUAUCCGCUUAAGCUUGACUGAUCUAUAGUUGUAAACCUCGCCUCAUACCUUAAUUUUUUCACACAAAGCUGUUUGGACAUUGAGAAGAAAUUGAGCUCGUUUGAGAAAGCCCUUGACUCGAUGUUCAAAAACUUAGAAGAUGGUAAAAUUGUUUUUCCGAGGAACGUGUCCGCUUUAGUCGCAUUUUUAGGAUCCGGCCACGGUUGUUCAUAGGAUGGAUAGCUACUUAUCCGCUGGAUAAAUCACUAUCCAGCGGAUAAAUUUUACCCAUGACGUACUAUCGGUUGUUUAAAGUAUGGAUAACGCUAUCCAUUCGCUAUCCAUUCGCUAUCCAGCGGAUAAAUUUAUCCAUGGUUUGGUAGGUAGUAUAAAUUUUUAUCCACCGGAUAAUAAUAAUAAUAAAAAUUUAAAAAAAAACAAAAUGGCCGCUCGGCAGUUACAUCUUCUGCGGUGUAACUUUCCCGAGCAAUCAACGUCGUCGAAAGACAAGAAUUUUUCGCCGACAGCUCGAUCCCUUAUAGUCUUACACUAACUCUGAAUUGAGAUCCACGCAUCGUUUUGGACGAGAAUCAAUACAAUACAUCGGUAACCUAGUUGCAGAUGAAAUAACACCACAAACAAUUAGGAACCAUGCUGUCUCAGCGGUAAUGCAAGUCCUCGUUACCCUCAGAUUCUUGGUUUCGGGUUCGUUUUUGCUGGUGAUCGAAGAUACUUUUCUGGGAUUUGAUAAGUCAACCGUCAGCCGAAUACAGUAAAAACCCACAUAAAAGAACAAGUGGAUUAAAACACUCAGGCUGAAAUUUGGUCAAAAAAGUUCCAUUUACAUCCAGCCUGAAAUAUGAAGUGUUCUGAUUUAUAAAAAAAAAUUUGGCUGCCAGUAGGAUUAGAAUAACCCACUUGGGUACAGUACUGGGGAAGAGCAUUGAAAAGAGGGAGGGUGAGCUGGUGCAUUUGAAUUUGCUUGACUUUUGCUGAGUUUUGAGUUGUUUAUCACCCGAUCUGCUAUCCCUCCCACAAUGUAAUAUUAUUGCCUAGAUUAAUGCAGUUAAGGUUAGGUCCAAUGUUAAAAUGUUGUGCUUGCACAUUGAUUUCAUCUGUUGGUGGUCGAUGCAGUAUUUAAUUUUAAGAAAUUAAUUGAAGAACACUGUAAGGACAUUUUCAGGCUGAUCUUGCAGAAAACACCCAAUAUGUAAAAACAAAAUCAGCCUGAACCCCCAAAACAUGGAUUCUUUUUCAUGGGUUUUUACUGUAGUUUGUCAUGUGACACAAGUCUUGACUGCAAAGUUAGGUGAUUUCAUAAGAUUUCUGUCUACUCGCGCUGAACAAGAGGAGAUUAAGCAAGGUUUGUUUCAAGUUGGUGGUUUUCCUUCUGCCAUUGGGUGCAUGGAUGAUACCCACAUUAGAAUAACUGCCCCUAAGGAAAAUGAACCAGACUUUGUGAACUGGAAAGGAUUUCACUCCACUGAUGUCCAGACAAUAUGUAACCUUUGAGGUAAGCUAAUAUCUCUACCUCUGAUUAUUGGUUUAGCAUAGGGCAACAUGUCUGUUUAACUCCAAGCUUUACUGUGAACACUAUGUCAUGACAGCAAUGAAUGUUCUUUGGCGAUCACUGGAUGUGUUCUCCAACAUGGAUAUUUUGCAGUGGAAUGUGUUGGUUUGAGUGCUGGAGUAAAGCAUUACAGAGCAUUCUCUCGCUAGGUAGAAUUGCUUAAUAACAUGUAAUUUGUCAUUGCUCAAAGAUACAGGCCAAGGAAUGUCUUGAAAUUUACCAUAUUAAGAAAAGGGAUAAAUGUAGCUAAUUGUUGUUGGUUACAAACCAUAUUUCAUUGUUAGCAGUAGUCCUGUUCUGAACACUUUAUUUUGACAAAAUGAAUGAAGUGAUCCCACUAUAACUACUCCAAAUUUAGGGCCUAUGUGUGUUUUUACAUUGUGACAAUUUUACGGGAAUACAGUUUUGAACAAGGAAGACACAUGCAGAAAUACUAUGUAGCUAAGCUGUAUGAAAAUGUUGUGUUGGACAUAAAAAACAUUUUUAUCAAAUACAAUUGAAUUUGCAGGAUUGUUUACAAAUGUUGUGGCUAGAUGGCCUGGUUCAACUCAUGAUAGCCACAUUUGCCGAAUGUCAGCCGUAGGAAGUAACCUUGAAGGGACUGGUCUCACAGAUGGUGUGUUACAUGGGAAUGGUGGCUAUGCAUGCUCUCCAUUCCUCAUGACCCUGUACCUCAACCCCAAAACACCUCAGGAGGAGCAUUUCAACAGAGCACACAAGAUCACAAGAUGUACUACAGGGUAAACUUUCGGAUUGACAAGGAGGUUCCAUGUGCUACACUCAGAGGGGAGGAUGGCUCUAUAAUUGUAGCUUGCUGCAUUUUGCAUAACCUCACUGUCAACUUAAGGGAACCAGAGCCAGAGGACUGUGACAUGGAUGGUGGUGAAAUUGGUAAUGCUGUUAGAAAGCACAUAACUUACAAUUUUUUUUUAAUAUCUACACAGGGAUAUUGUGUGCUCUGUUGAAAUGCUCAAACACACACUUGCAAAAAUUGCAAAAAUGUUGACAUUUAUUGUAGCAUGAUCCAUGAACAGUGAGACUUAAUGGCUCUAUGGGAAAUGUUGGCCUAUUGUAUUACAGAUAUGCUAAAGAAAGAAACAACUACAAAAAAAUACAAUAAUAUGUGUGGUGAUGAGUUAGCAAAUUUAAAAAUUUGUUCCUUUUGGGUCAUAGGGUGUUUCCUUGAUGUUUGACUGGCUAAUAAUUUUGUUGAGAGCAAUUUUUUGGUGUUUUAUCAAACUUAGGCUUUGCAAAGUCUCAUUUCAUUAUUAGCAACACCUUUGCUGGGUCAUUAUUAGGAGCCCUCAGAGAUAAAUUUUUUUUUAGGGAACUGACAUGGAAAGGCAUCCUUUAGAACAUUUUUUCUUUUAUUUACCCCUUGUUCUGGAAGUAAUGUUGUUAGGAAACCACAUUAAUUGUUUUGCAAAAAGUUCAAAAUAUUUUGCCUUCUUCAACAGUUUUCAUAGAUUGUUUUCCUUUGUCUAAUGAAUGAUUUACGACAAUCUUUAUGUUUAGACAUUGGGAUGAAGUGGUUUGGCAUUCUUAUGGGAAUACCCAGUACAGUCUGUCCAUCCUACAUUAAAAUUAAAUCAUUCACUCUUUUUAUACUCAUCACACUCAGUUCUGGCUAAGGUGUUUGCAUGGAAUUUUGUAUUUUAAUCUUUGGUUAUCUAUUUCUUGCAAGUACAUUAAUUGUGAUCAUUUUGACUAUACAAGUCACAUCUUGAAAGCAACAAAAGCAAUGAAAGGUUAAUAAUUCAACUUAAACUGAAUGGAAUCAUGUUAGUAUAUUGUCAACAAGUGUAUUUUAUUCACUCUGUAAUUUGUGGAAUGUAAAGUGAAGAAACAAUUUCAAAUUGAGGUUUGAUUUCAACAGCAAUUCACACUCUAUAAAUGAAGAUUUUGUUGUUUGUAUUGACUCUACCAUAAAAGUGCCAUUACAAGCACAAAUUGCUGCCUUAAGCAUCAGGGUAUUACAUGGAAUGAUCAAUUAACUUUAAAAGUAUCCCCCCUGUUAUUCUGAGUUAAAGGAUGGGCCUCAUGAAAUAUUUCCUUUUUUUUAUUUGAAAAUAUAUACAUUACAAUUAAAUCAGAGAAAUGCUCAAAAUAAUUACAUGAAGCUAAAACACUCCAUUAAAUGAUGAGUUUUACAACAUAGAGCUGAAUAUGUCAGUUUUAUAAUGCAUUUAAAAUACUAAUGGUCUCUGCUGUAUAUCUGCAGUUGCUAUUUCACCAAUGAACAUGUGUGUAUUUUAUUGUUUUGGUUUCAAAUUUUUAAAAUCAGUGUUUUUUUUUUUUUCUUUUCCCUUCAUUUCAGAUCAUGAUAACAGGAUACAAAUAAAAGCUUGCAAAAUUGUGAACGGAAAAUUUGGUUGGGACAUUUGAACACAAUUUUUGCCCAGAGGCAUGGGAAUUUCAACAAACCAAUCUUUAAAAUUUCAAAUGCCCAGGAAGCUGCCCAGGAGGUGGUGGGGGAUUUUGAGGCUUCUUCCGUAGCUGAUUGAUGUAUUAGUAACAAAAGGCAACCAAAUUAAAACCAUUAUGUGAUUAAAGCAUGUGUACACAUCUGGGAAAUGGUUUAUCAGUGUCAUGAAAAUAUGGGGAGCAGACAAUAACAUACAUUAACACGGGUGUGUUUCAAAAAGCUCAAUAAUUUUUGUAGUGGUAGCCUCUGAGGAAUCUGGUUUCUUUCCAACCCCAGUCUUCUUUCUUGCAGUGACACAUUUUCUGUGCUCUUUCUUUGCUCUUCUCACCAUUCCUCUGCACUUUUCUCUCACCUCCAUGACAGUUCUUUUGGCAACUCUGAACACAUUGACUUUUGUCAGUUAUUAUCCCCCCUCUCCCCCCCCUGCAUAUUAGACUCUUAGUUAUUUAAUUAUUUAUUUAUUAAUUUAUUAAUUUAUUACAAUUCGAUGGCAAUAAUAUAAACAACAUCAUCAUUAGAAUAGCCUACAAAAGAGUCACAGACCCCAUACAAAGGUAGUCCACCUAAAAGAAAAGACAAGACAAGAGAUGUAUGUUAUAUGCCCUACAAGAGCAUCAAAUGAGAAAUAAAUGACAAUCAUCACAACUUAGAUAGAGUGUAUGAAUAAAAAAUUAAAAAUCAGUCAUAUCUUGAUAGCAAGAAGUCCCUUGCACCCUUCUUAAAACUGGGGUGGGUGCCUGACACACUGAUAAGGGUAAUUUAUUCCACAUAUCCUUAAAAAAACUGCUUUACAAUUAGUAGUUCUGGCAAAGUUCUUCUCAAGAGUAAGUUUAUCCCUUCCCCUGAAGUGAUACCAAUCAGAAUUGGUAUAAAGUUGAAUAUAAGUAGAUAUGUCUAUACUUAAGAACUUUAUACAAGAAUAAAACAUCAAACAAAAAGUGUCUGUCCUCCAAAGACAAUAAAUUCAGUUGUUUCUGUCGUGGUCAUCAUCUGACUUCGGAAUAAACUUAGGGGCUCUCCUGAAUUUUUCUAACUUGUUAAUGUUCCUACCUGUUUGAGACGACCAUACGACAUAGUACAGUACUCCAACUGGGAUCAAAACAAUGUUUUCAAGGCAGUGAGUGCACAAAACAAUGUUCUCAAGGCAGUGAGUGCACUAAACAAUGUUCACAUGGUAGUGAUAUCCUUCAUACCCUUGCAUGUCCUUUUGAUACAACCAAGAAUCUUGUUUGCGUUACUAGUAAUUUUGUUAACAUGGGCAUUCCAUGACAACUUGCUACUAGUAAAUAGGCCAAGGUCAGAAAAUUCAGAAGUUUCCUCCAGGAUGUGAUUGUUUAUUCUUAAGUCAGAAUGAAGAGGCAAUUUCUUCUUGGUGAUACGCAUUAGCUUACAUUUUUAGUCAAUUAAACUUUGUUGGCUCCAGAAAUACAAGUUAUCCAAAUCUAUUGUUUUUGUUCGAAAGUGUAGUGGAAAAUUUAGUCCAGUUUUUUUUUUAUAUUUUCUUCCGCCUCUUCAGAAAUAACUGCACAUUUUGCAGGUACGUGAAAAGUUCGGCCUUCUGGCGUGUUUUGCCGGGUAAGGAGCAACAUUUUCUGCCAGGUGGUCUCGCCAUUAGCACUUGCAAGCAAAGAGGUCAGGCAGUGCCAUGGUUAUCACCAUGACAACUGCCUAGACGGCGAGUUGUCCAUCGGAUAGUUAUACGCCUCACUAUCCGUGCUUUCUGCAACAACUUUUUAUCCGCUGGAUAGCAAUCCAGUGGAUAGGCAUCUUAUACACCGGAUAAGCUUAUCCAGUGGAUAAAUUUAUCCAUCUUAAAUUUAUCCAUCCAACAACCGGAUGAAAAUUUGAUGUUUGCUCUAAACUUAGUUUGUAGAGGUAGAACAGUUAUAUGAGAUCGGCACGCAUGAAAGGACUAGUUCCCGUGACUCGUAGCGAGGACUAAGUCCCUUCCAAUGAACUACCAUUUUUCAUCAGAUAUCCAAAAUAUGAUCCCUGCGACUUGUCCCACGAAUUCAAACUGGUUUGAAUUCGUGAAAGAAGUCGCCAGGACUUCUUUCCUCAAAUUAUCCAGAUCCCUGCGUGAGAACUGUUCGUGGGACAGGUCCUUGCGACUAAAUGAAAGAAUCCAUUCACUUCAAAAGAGAAAUAUAUAGAGACUAAUACAUGGGCGCGCGUAGAUAUGGAAUUUCUCCUCAAGUGUUUAACUCGAAGAGUUUAUUAAUGAAUGAAAAUGAAAGGAUGGACACUCAGAAUAAAAAUCUUAAAGUGCGUUGGCUCACUCAAGAUGAAAACAUGCGUUGAAUCACUUCAAAAACAAACAGUGGGCCUAAUUCAAUAUACAAAAUUAUCAGUUACUGGAUUGGUCCUUACCGACAGAAGAAAUCUUUCAGGUUCACGGCUAAAAUCAGCCUGCGGCAAAUCUUGAAGUUGUCGAUUUUCGUUCUCAGCGGCAAGAAAUGUUAUUACUAAAGCCACUGAAUACGCAACUUUCGGUUUUUCUUUUCAUAUUUGGGUUUUCUUACCCUUUUAGGAAAAUUUGAACGUUGCUGUCUGUAAGCGAUACGGAUUUUGUCAGUGUCUUAGCAGCCAUAAUCCUUAAAGAUUCCGACAAACGACCAUGAAUGGCGAAGGCUUUGUUGUUCAUUCAUCAACCUGACUGAGUGGCGCGAAAGGCGAGUGACGUGUCAGCGGCUGAUUGGCGAUAUCAAACACAUGUAAAAAAUAUUGUAUUUUUCACGUGUGUUGUUACGGCUUUUCCCAAACCUGGAAAUCCUUGUAAAACACUGUAGUUCAUAUGAUAAGAUCAAUUUUCACACUAUGUGGUCACUUCCAAUGGAAUCGCGACAUUUCGGCUGCAUAUAUUCUGCUAGUCUUCCUCGCCUGAAGAAGACUGGCAUUAUGCAGUCCAAAGUCGCGAUCCACAUCCGAAGUGACUCCAUCGGGAAGCAAACGAUUUUAUCAUAUAAAUUACGGUGUUAUACAAGGAUUUCCAGCCCUGAGAAAAGCCGUAACAACAUACGUGAAAAUAUACGAUAUUUUUUUACAUGUGUUUGAUAUCGCCAAUCAGCCGCUGACACGCAUUCGGACUGAAUUCCUUUUUGAUUAGCUCAGGUUGCUACGCGACUCCGCCCAAUACUAUAAUAUAUUUCCCCUCGACUAGCCACCAGUAUAAUGGGAUAAUGGCGUCUUAAAAAUCGCAAUUAAUUUAUUAGAUUGUGCAGUCUUUCUAUGUCGCGAUAAAGUGAUAUUUUAUACCAUAGGAGUAAAUAUUUUGUCAUCCGCAGGCUUAAACGUUCAUGACGGGGUGACUUUAAACAGAACCAAAAUGAUCUUAACGACGCAAGCUAAAGUGGUUAGUUCGAUUUUUAUUAUUGGUUUCACGACCUAUCUCUUGUACGUUUCCUACCAAGCGGAGUUCAGACAAGGAAUGAGCCAGCUCAUAAACGUCACCUGCAGAACAGGUAAGUCAACGAGUUAGAAAUGAUUUACAGCAUUAGAUGCUCAUCACAUGAAUUAUGCCGUCAGAGUCUAAAUUAAGACGCAGGUAAAUAUUGAGGAAAAUGAAAGUAACAUAACUUAGUUCGAACAAGGAGAAAUACGCUUCCGAAAGCUUUAGAGGCCUAUUUACUUCGUGUUGUCCCGUUUACCAGAAAUUAGCCAUUCGCUGUGUAAUGCUAUCGCAGAUUCAAGAUAACAAACUGAAGAUCGUAUUAAAUAAUUUCUCAAAAUUAACUAACAUACAAUGAUCACCGUGGGUGAUGAUGGGUAAUUAUCGUAGAGAACACGCCCCUGAUCAGUUAGUCUUGCCUGUUCCGGUGUAUCGGUUUCAGAUCGCUCUAACGCUCUGUCAGUUUCGAGCUAGUCAACGCUUUACCGCCCAUACCACCCAUACAGGUUUAGUUUAUUGAUCUCUAGUGCCAGCGUCUCGUGCUGCUAGUCAAUAAACUAUGUUGGCCAAAUAUUGUAGUCUGUGUUUGAUACUACUAAUGAUUUAACUUAUCGAUUGGGUUCCCAAGCAACAAAUUUUAUUGAGUGAACAGAGUGAAAAGCCUAAAAAUAUCCGCUGUUACCAAGAUAUUCGAAACUUCUCUGCCGCAGAGACUCUACAGUGAGCGAGGUUUAUUACGAAGUUCAUAUCACAUGUGCCGUACAUACUGCUUGGAACAGCAAUGUCGAUAGCGUCAAGUCUGUAAAUAUAAUACACUUACUAUCUUUCUUAUUCUAUUUACCUAAGAGUUUGUACGUGAUAGAAGGCUCUAUUGGUGUCCCAUCGAUUAAGAAGCCGACAUCGUCUUCCUCCGUUUGUUUCUGUUGGGAAUUGCAUCUUCUGAAUAUUUAGGAUUCCCUUUUCUUGGCGUUCAGAAAAAUGCCCUUGUCAUUGAUCUAACUCGAAACUACAGCUAUAGUGCAAAAUUUAGUUUCUCUGUACAGUUGGCGUAUUUGCGUUCCUGACUGAGACUGGAGUGUCCUUUUAGAGCCCCUGGAGGGAUAAGAUCGCGUCCUGAAGUUGAAAAAUUCAUUAGGAGAGAUAUUCUUCUUGAUGACAGGGAUACUGGCGUGAUCAUUGAUGCAGGUCGCUCACAGCUGGUGCGCUUAUGAUAAGAAAGUGCUUAUUUUGGAUAUCUGCGAUCUCGUUUUGUUUUUCAAUGAUGGUUUCGCCUUCAGUUAAUUAAAUAGUCUCGGACAUUGCUUGGCGAAGUAUCCAUUGAUCUUCUCUGGCUAACAACGCGAUCUCUCUGUUGUCGAUACUUUUCCCAAUCGCUUUGAUCUUUCGUGACAUAAUAUUUGCGCUUGGAUUGAUUUCAAAAGUAAAUAGCGGCUAUCACUUCAGAGUUAAAGUAGGGCGGUUAUCGUUUCGUAGUUUUCUUCUUUACGAAGGAAGCAUGAUCAUCAAGCACGUCUUUUUAGCAGUUUUUCUCAUGCCCAGUACACAUCAUUGAUGUCUUUAAAGGUGCUUGCAACAUGGAAAGGAGUAAAGACAACAUCUCCGUUGUAUCGUAUAGAAUCAAAUCUCUUAAACUUUCUUCUCAUGGAAGUCUUAGGACCCCUUUUGGGGCACCUAGCUCUCGUAAUUGUACAUACCAGAUGAUGAUCGCUUAUAUCUGGGUUGAAAACACCUGUGUGCAAGAAUUCAAUUCUUUUGGAUGUUAGAAUUACGUCAAUUAGAGUAUCGCUAUUUGCCGUAGCUCUAGUUGGCGCACUUACAAAGCUUUUUAGAUUGUAAUCGUCGCAGAGGUUUAGUAGAUGUCUCCCUAACUUUGGCUCCUUGAAGGGUUCCAGAAUGUUACAAUUCACGUCUCCAAUUGGUGUGUAAUCGUCCGAAAGUCUGCUUAUCAAUUCAAUUGGUCGUUCUAGCUCGGAUGACCAGAUUUCUUAGGCCAUUUUUGACGGUCUGCUUAGAUGAACCAAAAUAGAUCUCCAUGAGUCCUUUUGAGUUCUGACCUCAAUGGUAGCUGAUUCUAGACCAAUGAACUGUUUGUUUAAAGGUCGGACCUUGCAUAAAUUAUGAGGCCACCUUUAAAAUUUGUUAUAACUUAUCGAUUUGGCUGGGAUUCUUUAGCAUAAAACUAGCUCUCUGGAUAUAGCUGUUAUCGGUUUUAGUCUCUGAGAGAACGAGAAUAUCUGAGAAAUUAUUUAUCAGCACGUUCUAAACCUCGAAGAGCUUGAUUCCGCCGAUUCUUUUUGUUUCCUUGUGGUAGGAAGACACGAGAUAAACAAGCUCGAAAGUGCUGCCCACAAAAAUAAACCACCUCAAAAACUUCGCUUGUCGUUAUUGGUCUUAAUUCAUCUGCCUUGAAAUUGGUUCUUUUGUUUGUUUUGUUUUUGUUUGUUUUUUUUAAUUUUUUCUUCUUUUGUAGGAAAGAUGAUCAUUCUUGAAAUUCUUUUCAUUGGAGAGAUCCCCAACCAUUACAACGUAGAAGCGUAAUAAUUGGCUAUUUCCAAACUUCUACAUUGAAUCAGUCUCCCCCUCUAUUCAAUUAAUUCUGGUUAGUUCAGGCUUGAUUGCGAGUACUUCAAAAUAAACUUUAAUAUUUUGUCUAUCGUAGAUGAGAUCGUUAGUCGAAAGGUUGUUCCAACUCAAGCUACAGACACAGAACAACCCACGAAUAACUCGUCGCCAAAGGUUUUCAUUUAUCUCACUCAAACAGAACAAUGCCUCCCUUCAAACUUUGCCUCUUCUUCCGAGAUCGGCGACCCCGAGACAUGUAACUGUGAUGUCAUAGUGCUAAGCUUUCGUACUAAAUGUCAAGUGCAAAAGUCGCCCCACAUCACUUAUCUGUUCGAUCCUAAUACUGGAUGGGGAACAGGACGAAAUGUGCUGUAUUUUGCUGCAAUAACGAGAUCCCCAAAAUACCAUUAUUACAUUUUUAUGGAUGAUGAUGUGAUGCUGCAUUUCAAUUCAUUUGCUCCGCCAGAAAUGAAGAAGCUUCCGCCGUUUAGAGUCUUCGAACAAUGGCUCUUAGAUUACGAGCCUGUAGUUGGCGUUUUGGAUUAUGGAGUUCACUAUGGGGCAAGUUGGACCAAGGAUAGACGACGGACUAUAUGUAAAAAGACAGACAAUCCCCUUGUGAUAACAUCAGUAUGGUUCGAUGGUGUUUUCAAUGCAUUUCAUUAUAAAGCUAUCGAGCAUCUUUUCCCUUACCGCACGCAGUACGAAAAAAUAAGUUGGUGGUCGCUGCAUCGAUACAUGUGUACUGCUGUAGAACUGAUAUUUCGAGGCCAGGCAUUGAUGUAUGUGCCUAUUACUGCGGGUAACCCAACCCAUCGCUCAUACCCAAAGAGUGUGUCGAACAUGAAUGUAUACUGGAGAAGUUACGUCGACACUAUUCGAGCAGAAGCUCCUUUAGUUUACAGAAAUCAGUCGUUAUUUGACGUACUAAGGCAGAAUCUUGAGGAUUACAUUAUGAAAACGAGAACAUAUUGCAUGAAUGAAUCACGACAUCAACCUAUAAAACCAUACGCUCAUUUUGAUAGUCGAACAGAGAUGUAGUUGAGGUUAGUGAAGAGAUAAACUAUAGUUCAGCGAUUUUUCUUAAUCUUUCUUCUUUUAGGCCCAAUCCGUGGAUUAAAUGCGAAAACCAUUCAAAUUAUAAGGCGCUUUGUUAGUUUAUAAACUUGUUGAAUUGUAACAAAGUCUCAACAAAGAGAUGUCCGCGAGGAGAAGUUCGACUCACGUGUUGUCGGGUCGCUAAAUUUUUUCUUUUUUCACAGUUAAGCAGCCAGGCUGCUUCAAAAUUUAAGAUUCAAAAUGGUGACGGUUGUCCAUUUUCAACAGAUAUUAUGAUAAAUUCUGAAAGUUAGUUUGUCCCAGGAGGAAGGAGGUGACUCCAUUGUUUUCUGGUGUAAAUCACUGCU